AGUUACGUAUUGUAUGCGUGCUCUACAUGUCCUGAAUUUUCCAAAUUUUCGUUAUAAACAAUUUACGUUCAUGAGUUAAAAUCUUUGUCGGAAUGGCUUUAGAUUUAGUAAGCAUAGCUCAGCCUCAUUACAUCCCUGGCUACACGGGCCACUGUCCGGAGUACAAGUACCGUAUCGGGGACACGUACGGGUCCACCACACACAAGAUCCUGCUGGACCCCAGCGUCAACCACUCCGAGCGGCUCGUGCUGGCUGACCGCACCGCUGAUGACUUCCAGGUAUACCGCCCACCGCAAGAAGACAUCGACAUCUUGAACGCGAGGUUUCGCAAUGGCGACCCAGUGUACAAGCACCCAAUGGUGCCGGGAUAUGAAGGGUUUUUGCCGAAGUUGAACAGCCACUUCGGGCAACGGUACACGGUGGCCGCUACUGAAGCUCUCUCGGAGUUCCAGAAGGCCCAGCUCGAUCAGCGAGCAGCCAGGAACCAGCUGGAGAGGGUGGUGGACCUGCAGGCUGGGAAGGGCCAACCCUGGGACUUGGCGGAUAAGUUUGCGGCCACAGCGGAGUUUAAGCUGCCUCUUAUGGUGGUAAGGCCGGAAUGUGCUGGAAUACUGCGGGAUUUGCCACUGGACGAGCCGAAGCUAUCCCCACCUUCGCACUCUAUCAGCCCCUACUUUAUGGACAAUGAUGAUGCUGAGAAAUACAUCAAGAAAGGAACUGCAGCUCAUGUUCCGUACGGAUAUCAAAGAUUUGGUGAACCCUCCAAAAAGUUAACAAAUUCGGCUCUUUGUGACUUUACAUCAAAUUACCGGAGAAGACAAAGUACUGAAUGGGCGCCUGUAAACGUUGUCAAACCCGACCCACCCCUAUCCAUAAGCCCGACGGAAAUCUAUCAUAAACACGUCGGCAUGGUGCCCAACUACGCAGGGCAUGUGCCUGGAGAGACGUUCAGACUUGGCAAGACCUACGGCAACGAUACUCGUGACGCAAAAAGAUGGCUCCGCGCUGACUACAUAUCGUAACAUCACGACAUAAUAUUAGAAAUAUCUUUAUACUUACAAAAUUUAUAUUUUUUUAAAUAAAUACACUGCUUUUUACCUAUGGAAUAUACAUUU